GCAGCGAGCAGAGGCCGCGCGCGCCGCAGCUUCCCUCAUACACACACACACAUAUAUACAGACGGCGCUGAGGCGGCCGCUGCGGCUUCUUCCUCCUCCCUCGCCUCCCUCUUUCCUUCCCCGCCGGCGCUGGAACCUGAGCUCGGGCCGCCGCGGCUGAGGAUCUCAAAUAGGACCGUAAGGAAAUGAAAUGGCAGUUAGCUGAGAUGCCUGCAGUCCUUGGGAGAAAAACCAUUUCCUUCUGCACACGCAUUUGCUGGGAUGUUAUACCUGCGUAACAAUUCUAUGAAGAAUCAAUUCACCCCAACUGAUCAGGAUAAAGUUUCCUUAAUGAUGGCGGCACAAGAUAUGAGCAUGCAUAUGGAGGAAGUUGUCGUGGUAACAACUCCAGAUAACGUGGUUGAUGGCAGCGGUGUGGAGGAAGUGAAGACCGUCCUAGUUACCACCAAUCUGUCCCAGCAUGGUGACCUCAACGAAGACACCUUGGAGACCGAGAAUGCAGCUGCCGCGGCUGCCGCAGCUUUCACUGCCUCUGCCCACCUGAAGGAAGCCCUUUUAGUGAAGAUGGCGGAAGGAGAGGAGUGCCUGGAAGCUGAGAUGGCUUAUCCCAUCACCUGCGGUGACAGCAAAGCGAACCUUAUAUGGCGGAAGUUUGUUUGCCCGGGCAUCAAUGUGAAGUGCGUGCAGUAUGACAAUCAUUUGAUAAGUCCUAAGGAAUUUGUGCAUUUGGCUGGCAAGUCCACCCUGAAGGACUGGAAGAGGGCAAUCCGGAUGAACGGGAUCAUGCUAAGGAAAAUCAUGGAUUCAGGCAAGCUGGAUUUCUACGAGCACACAAAAGUUUGCUCGAAUACGUGCCGCAGCACUAAAAUCGAUCUGACCGGAGCCAGAGUCUCUCUCAGCAGCCAGACUUCAGCAGAGUACACGCCUCUCACUCCAGCCUCUGCAGACGUCAACGGAUCACCUGCCACCAUCACCAUAGAAACCUGCGAGGAUACCACCGAGUGGACCACGGCUAUUGGAGAUGACGCCUUCACCUUUUGGCGAGGCCUGAGAGACGCCGGGUUGCUGGAGGAAGUCGUGCAGGAAUUCAGUUUGGAAUUCAUGGAAGCUAUGAAGGGCCUGCAGCAAAGGAUCCAGGAACUCCCUUUACAGCUGAACGAUGCCAUCCUGCUGAACAACACAGUCCAGAACUUUGGCAUGCUGGACCUGGUGAAGAAAGUUUUGGCCAGCCACAAGUGCCAAAUGGACCGUUCCAGGAAGCAGUACACACGAGACUUAGCAGCUCUGGAGCAACAGUGCGAUGAGCACCGCAAGAGAGCCAAGGAGCUGAAGCACAAAUCCCAGCACCUCAACAAUGUGCUCAUGACCUUGACUCCCGUCUCCAUCCCCUCUCCUCUGAAACGGCCCAGGCUGACCCGGGCCACUUCAGGACCCCCGGCCAUCACCUCCCAAGUCCUGACUCAGUCGGCUCAGAUCGCCCUGGCUCCAGGCGUGCCGAUCACCCAGCUGGCCAGUCUGCCCAUCGGCAAAGUGCUCUCUGCCCUCCCGGCGUCUGCCCUCGGAAAGGCCACCGCCCAGGUGACGUCGGCCGGCUCUCCCGCCUCCCCGCUGCUGGGCGGAUACACCAUCUUGGCGUCGGCAGGUUCCGCCUUCCCCAACACGGUGGAAAUCCACCCCGAAGCCUCCAACCUCACCGUCUUGAGCACCGCGGCCAUCCAGGACAGCAGUACGGUGGUCAAAGUGGUGAGCCCUUUCCAGCUGCUGACCCUGCCAGGGCUCGGCACGGCCAUCCAGAACGUGACGCAGAUGUCUCCCGGGGGCAGCACCAUCCUGGCUUUGCCGUCCAGUGUGAUGGAAGGCGCUUCGGCCGCGGAAGAGCACACGACCAUCGAGGUAACCACCGUAGCGGACGAGACUCAGCAGAAAUGAAACGCGGACGUUGGUCCAUUUUGGGGGGAGUGCUCCGGGCUUACGCGUCCAUAUCCCUCGGAGGAGAAGACGGAGACGAAGAAGAAGAGGGCGCUGGGAAAAGAGAAGGGAAAACAGAUCGGCUGAUGACGGAAUAGGGAGGUUGACAUCUUAAAAGGGAAGAAAGACGAAGAGAGAAGACGAAAUGAAGAGAGAACAUCAUUGAUGGGGCAGGAAAAAGACACCCUCCCCCGUUUCCUGGGAUCCAUUAAAAGCUAUAAUCUUUGCACACACACACCCCAGCUUGUAAGUACUAGUCUCUAGCCAGUUCUGGGGAACCGAGGCAGCCAAGACAGGUUUCGAAGAAUGAAACAAUUAACCAAAACCAGGCAGGCCGAAGGAUUAGGCAGCAAGACAACGUUCUUUUAAAUAUUUCCGGGCUGGCAGAAGUGUGGGGGGGCCCCAACACAGGCAGUUACCUGCAUGUUGGCUUAGGAAGAUGAUGGACUGUUUCUCUGCCAGGAGGGAGAAGGAAGAGGAGAGGGAGGGUGAAAUGGAGAAGGAGCCCUGGGCCAGAGGCGCAUGGGAUGGGGGAAUAACGGCUUAAAAAACAAGAAAGGAGGCAGGAGGACUUCGGUAGUGGGCAGAUUCAUUCCCAGUUUAAGAGCAUCAAUUCGCCGAGCUCCCUGCUUGCAUCUCCGCCUCUGAGGAGGAAGAUCUGGCCAAAACUUUUAAAGUUGGACCACCUAUGCUGGAUUCCCUCCCCCCCCCCACAAGUGGGUCUGUCCUCCAUGGCUACCGAGCCUUAUCCUCCCCCCACUCACCCCCAGUGCAUCAGCACUUUAGGCUGCAAAAAGAGGACUUUUUUUUUGCCAAAAACAAGGGUGAAAAAUGGAAGCUCCUGGUUGUUCCAGCUGACUUGAGGGACUUGAUGCUUGAGGAUGUGAGAAGAUGCCGCCCUUGGGGAAAGAAUCAUCUGUCGGAAGCUACGAGGGCUCGGAUUCUCGCGCUGUGAGUUUGGGCCUAUAUCAGAAAUGGCGGAAUCAAGACUCUUGGGUAACAUUAAAGUUUGUUUUUUCAAGCUUGCCCUGUCGUUGCGGCUUUUUGCCCUGUUCUUGUGCCACGGGCACGGAGAUUUGGCGAUCUUAAGAUCACGGAUUUGAGCUCCAAUCGGUUUGUUUGAAAUUUUUUCUCCAAGCCAGCUGAAAAUUGUGUGGCGUUUACCCAUCGUUUAUAGCUUAGAGCAGUGUUUCUCAACCUUGGCCACUUUAAGAUGGGUGGACUUCAACUCCCAGAAUCCCCCAGCCAGCAUGGGGAAUGGGUGGAGUUGAAUGGCAGGCUGGGGAAUUCUGGGAAUUGAAGCCCACCCAUCUUAAAAGUGGCCAAGGUUGAGAAACACCGGCUUAGAUUCUCCUGUACAUUAAGCUGACAUCUUCAAAUUUGUAUACCUGUAAUACAUAACCCAACAUCCUACUGACUUUUGUAUUCUGCAACAUCAUGCAAGAUUAAACAAAGCAGGAAACGGCCAAAGAGAGGACAGGCAUGAGAUAAGGAAAGAAUAAACUGUUUAAAAAUCCUGGCCGAAGCCAAUACCAAUUUUUUUUCAUGCCAGUCUGUCAGUUUCUCUGGACCAGAUUUUGCAUGUGGGCUGAACUAAGCCUUUGACCUCGAAGGAGGCCUUUCUUGCAGAAAGUCACAUUUUUCAGCUUGGGCAUUUUCCAGGUGGAGUUGGAAAUACACACACACACACAAAAGGUACAUCAAGUCUCCUUUUUGUACUAUUGGAAUGUCGGUGGACUCUCUUCCAAUCUGUUAACCUGCGUGGUGGUCUCCAGAUUUGUUGGCAUCGUUUGGCGAGGACAUUUAGAGCAGGGGUGUCAAACUCAAUUUCACUGAGGGCCCCAUCAGGGCUGUAGUUGACCUCAGGAGGGGGUGCGUGGCCAGCUUGACGCCGCUCCCCAAACUGUUGGCGUGUUUGUUCUUCGCCCCGGGCAGCCUGGGCCGAAGCCACGCUGGCCUGAUGUUUCCUCUUUGCACCAGGCCGAAGUUACAUUUUCCAGGGCGGCCCCUGGGCCAGAUCUGUCCACAUAGGCUAGAUCCGUCCCAUGGGCCUUGUGUUUCUGUCUUAUUUUGUUGGCUCUUGUAGCCUUCUGACUUGGUAAGGAGUAUUGCAGAGUUGUGCUACAGUUUAAUUUUCCAAUAACGUACUAGAGGUUCCUGCAAUUGAGAAAUACAGGUAGCUCUCGACUUAACAUAACAUAAUAACAGAGUUGGAAGGGACCUUGGAGGUCUUCUAGUCCAACCCCUUGCCCAGGCAGGAAACCCCCUACACCAUUUCACUUACAACAGUUUUACAACAGUUCAUUUAAAGUUACAAUGGCACUGAAAAAAGUGACUUAUGACCAUUUUUCCAUACUUACAACCUUUAGUAGCAGCCUCAGGUUGAUAUCCAAAUUCAGAAGCUUGGGAACUGGUUCAUACUUGGGGCAGUGUAGGAUCCCCCUUUUUUGCGACCUUUCAAUGAGCAAAAUCAGUGGGGAAGCCAGAUUCACUUAACAACCAUGGUACUAACUGACCCACUGCAGUGAUUCACUUAACAACCACAGCAAGAAAUGUAAAAUGGGGCAAAACUCACUUAACAACCAUCUCACUUAACAACAGAAAAAUUUGGGCUCAAUUGAUGUUGUAAGUUGAGGACUACCUGUAUUCUGUCGCGUUUUCCCAACCUUGGAAUUUUAGGACCUGUGGAUUUCAACUCCCAGAAUUCCCUACCCAGCCAUGCUGCCUGGGGAAUUCUGGGAGUUGAAGUCCACUGGUUUUAAAAUUGCCAAGGUUGGGAAACCCUAAUUUAACCCGGAUAUUGAGAUCUCUUGUAGUACAGAAUUUUAAUACAGCUAGUCCUCAACAACCACAAUUGGGACCAUUGCUAAGAAAGGCAGUUAAAUAAGACAUGCCUGAUUUGGUGCUUUUUUCCCACUGUUGUUAAGUGAAUCCAGCUACAAUCACUGACUGGUUGCCGGAAGCCAGCUGGGAAGGUUGCAAAGAGCGAUUAUGUGACCCCGAGAUGCUGCAACUAUCAUAAAUAGGGGGAUUGUCAAUUGUAACCUUCCUAGCAAGCUUCAGCCAACCAAAGUCAAUGAGGGAAGACAGAUUCACUUAAAGACUGCAUGAUUCAUUUAAAGACUGCAUGAUUCACUUAACAGCUGCAGUAAUUCACUUAACUGCAUGAUUUGCUUAACAGCUAGUAAUUCACUUAAUAACCAUGAGUCACUUAACUGCAGUAAUUCACUUAAAGACUGCAUGAUUCACUUAACAACUGCAGUAAUUCACUUAUCUGUGGCAAAGGUCAUAAGAUGGGGCAUGAUUCACGUAAUGCCUUACUUAGCAACGCAAACAUCGGGCCCAAUAAUGGACAUAAAUUAAGACGACCUGUACUCUGGUUUUAAUUUUAAUCAUUUUACUUUAAGUUACUACCUAUACACAGGUGUCCUUUAGCAUUCCAAUUUAGGCUGGAGAUCUUGAAGUAGAUUCUUCCUUUCUUUUUUCACUUCCCGUUUUCUUCCUCAGGGUCUUUUCUGCUUCUCUUACCAUUUACCGUCUCACGUUCAGAUGAAAGAAAGAUUUAUUGUCAAAAAAAUAAUAAUAACAUUUGGUCGGAAUAGUGUCCUCUGCCCUACAGCCACUAGGUGAGGGAUUGAGAUGCAUUAGAAAGCAUUCUGAUUUUUGAAAAGAGCUGCAAAUAGUUUCUGAAUGAAUUCAAAAAUCCCAGCGUUAACAGGUGACUCACGCUGUCAAGUUAUUGAGCAGA